AUUGUUGGAAGUAUUUUGCCAUGAUAUAUUGUUGAUGUAACAUACAUGGUUAAAAAUAAAAUGGCGCUCUUUAAAGUUUUUGCUUUUUGCCUGGUGGGCUCGGCCGUCGCUGCUCCAAAUUUAUUUGAUUUUGCGCGAGCCAAAGCCAACGACAUCCAUAGCGAAACCAAAGACGCGUACACCCAAUGGAAUGAGCAGAAGGCGUCGCAAGCAUCCUACCCCACGCAAUACAACUGGAACCACCCAGAAGCCCACGCCCAGAACGAGUACCUUUCCCACGUCAACCCAGUGCCUGCCAUACCUGGCUGGGAACACGCUCAAGCUCAAAACGAAUACUUAUCCCACAUCAACCCAGUGCCUUCAGCUGUACCAGUUUGGGAACACGCCCCAACUAUUGAAAGACCUUACGAGGUACCUUCCUACCCUGUAGCACAACCAAUGUUCCACCCCGCUCUGCCCAGUCCAAAUCCAUACGUAAACCACCCGUUUUUCAACCCAGAAUAUACCCACCCCCAGAACAUCCCAUCCUACCCCCCACACGUUAAUGUCCAAAAUCUCCCUCAGUACCAACCCCAGUCUUUCGGAUUCGGAUGGCCUCAAGGACACCCAGCAUUGCAGAACGUGCCUUAUGCUACUCCGUCUCCAAUCCAGCCGAACUACCAGCCACCAACAGCGACAGUAAGACCAAUCAAACCAACUGUAGUAACUGUGAAAAUUCCUCCCCGCCUUACAAGAGCAAAAGCUGGCCCAAUUGUGGUUGCUGAAUCAAGUCCCAGCCAAGCCAGAGCCACUGUUGGCCCUGUUCGACCAACUGUGGUUUCAGUAACCACACCCCGGCCCAAAACCACACCACGAACACGACCAGGAAUCCCUGCAAAAGCCAAUGCUGCUGCAAAAAGUCCUGCAGCCACAAUUGCUACUGCAAACCCAGCUGUUAUUCAAGCAGUAACUCCACCAACUGUAAAGCCAGGCGCUCGCGCUGUAGCCACGAUAGCCACUGCUAAUCCAAGAGGCAUCCAGGCCGUUACACCACCAACUAUAGCUCCUGCUACGGCUACAAUCGCCACUGCCAACCCAGGAAUUAUUAUCGCAAUUCCUCCAGUGCCAAGUGCUGCCACAUCUACGGCCGCUCCACCCACGGCUGCCCCAACCACCGUAGCUCCAUCUACAGCCGCUCCAAGUACUGUAGCCCCAUCUACGGCCGCUCCAUCUACCGCGGCUCCAUCUACCGUUGCCCCAUCUACGGCCGCUCCACCUACGGUUGCCCCAACCACCGUAGCCCCAUCUACAGCCGCUCCAAGUACUGUAGCCCCAUCUACGGCCGCUCCAUCUACCGCGGCUCCAUCUACGGCCGCCCCAACCACCGUAGCCUCAUCUACGGCUGCCCCAUCAACCGCCGCUCCAUCUACCGCAGCCCCAUCUACGGCCGCUCCAUCUACGGCCGCCCCAUCUACGGCCGCUCCAUCUACGGCUGCCCCAACCACUGCUGCCCCAUCUACUGCCGCUCCUUCUACUGCAGCCCCAUCUACAGCCGCCCCAACCACUGCUGCGCCAUCUACGGCUGCUCCAUCCACCGCGGCCCCAUCUACGGCUGCCCCAUCAACCGCCGCUCCAUCUACGGCUGCUCCAUCUACUGCCGCUCCUUCUACUGCUGCCCCAACAACUGUAGCCCCAUCUACAGCGGCUCCAUCUACAGCCGCCACAACAACUGUAGCCCCAUCUACAGCCGCUCCAUCUACAGCGGCUCCAUCAACUGAGGCCCCAUCUACCGCCGCCCCAUCCACUGAGGCUUCAUCUACAGCUGCCCCAUCUACUGAAGCCUCAUCUACAGAAGCCUCAUCUACAGCCGCCCCAUCUACCGCUGCUCCAACAACUCAAUAAGCCAUCUUCCCCCACCCACCCUCUACCAACGCCUCUAUAAACGAUCUUAGUACCUCUUAGUUCUUGAAAUAGUUCAUUU